UUGUAAUAUUUGAUAUGAUGUUCAAUGAAUAUCUACUUUUUGUUUCAAUGAAUAUCUACCUUUUGAAACUCUUUUUUUAACUUAAAUGUAAAAGCUUGAACUACAACUAUUUGCCACUGACAGUGAUUCAUGUUUCCCCCCAACUUUCUUCCACACAAAAUUUGCAGUAUUGAACUGCCUCAUGCAAUUAUCAAUUAUCAUAAAUCAUGAAAAUUGGCCUGACUACCUACACCUUCCAUCAUACUCAACAGGCACAGAUUUCUCAUAUUCUCUGCAUAUUUAUAUCUUAGUGAAGAGAACAGCCGCCAAGAAAAGCCAACAGCAGCUACUUUCUUUUCUAUCCCAACAACUAUUGCACAUUUUUCCCUAUGUUUUGCUAGUUCUCCAAAAGGCUAUUUUGAUAUUGCUUUCAGAUAAUUUCUUCUCAGGAGAUCUUAUUCAUAAUCAAAAUUGUUGAGCAACGUAAGGGAGGCGAUAUGGGACAGCACAAAGUGUUUGUAUUGAGUCUCAGUUUCUUGGUUUUGCUGUGUUUUGGGCUUUACGGAUGUGUAACAGUUGACGCAAUCGGGGAAACUAAGUUUUUGACUUCUCAGGCUAACGUUGCCAAUGUAGUACUAACAACAGGAGGUUAUGGUAAAGGCGGUGGAGGUGGUGGGGGAGGUAUAGGAUAUGGUGGCAAUAACGGGGGAGGAUGUGGUGGUGUAGGUGGCGGGAUAGGAGGUGGCCGCGGUUUAGGCUAUGGCUCUGGUGGUGGUGGUGGUGGUGGCAGUUUUGGUGGUGGAAAUGGUAACUGUGGUGGGAUGGGUGGGGGAUCUGGCAGUGGCCAGGGUGGUCCAUAUGGUGGAGGAAGUGGUAAUGGCGGUGGUUUUGGUGGAGGAAAUGGUAAUGGCGGUGGCUUUGGAAAUGGUGGCGGCUUUGGUGGAGGAAAUGGUGGCGGAUAUCCAGGUUAUGGAGGUGGUGGUGGGCAGUCAAAGUUUCCACAAGUGGCUGAAGGGAGGAAGAACUAAUAAGGAAUAUACUAGUGUUCUAUUUAGAGAUAUCUCAUGUAAAAUAAGGACAAUGUUUACUACUAAAGUUAGUUUACCUUUUAAACUAUUGUAAGCAGCAAAGUAGGUCCAGAACCCAAAAGGGUAUUACAAUAAGUAAGAACCAAAGAGAUUAUUAUUGACUUCAUAUAA